UUAUUGGCCAGGACUCAAGAGCACACGUUUUUCUUAGGUCGUUAAUUCUUAGUCCGUUUAUAUGUAAUGUAAAACUUAUUCUAUGUCAACAGCUUGGCAUGACAUCUAUAAUGUCAUUCGCUCUCAGAGAGUCGCUGGCGAUGUGAAGCUGUUCUUUAGCUUUAUUAUUGAAUGACAAAUGAAUAUGAUCAGAACUCUUCUGUUCUGUGUGUGCUUGUGGCGUCUGGUUGAUGUGACAGAUGAAGUGAGGUCGAUAUCAGUGAUGGAGGGAGAUUCUGUCACUCUACACACCGAUGUUACUGAAGUACACAAGUAUUUGUUCAUACAGUGGAUGUUCGGAAACACGCGAAUAGCUGAAGUCGGCAGGCUCACACAAACACACUCGACAUAUGAUGGUCCUGAUGGGAGAUUCAGAGACAGACUGAAGCUGGAUCAUCAGACUGGAUCUCUGACCAUCACAAACACCAGAACCACACACUCUGGACUUUAUAAAGUAACAGCUAUCAGCAGUGAGACCAGCUACAUGAGUUUCAAUGUCACAGUCUAUGAGACUCCACAAAGUUCUAUAACAACAGGAAGUUCAACGAGCACAAAUUUUGAGACGUCCAAUUUAACCAUCAACCAGACUGAAGACGUCAAUAUUACUGAACUCCUUCGGCCAAGUUCAGGCCACGUCCACUGCUGUGGUUUUACUGAAACUGUGAUACGAUUGGUUGUUUCUGCUUUGGUAAGCGUGGCUGCUGUUGGUUUUCUGGUUUACGACAUCAGAUCUACAAGAAGUCAGCUGAACAGGAAGCAAGGGGCUAGACAUUACCAUCAAAGCCAUCGAGUAAAACCAGACCAACAUCAGUUGAGCAAAAGAAUGAGUUCCAGAUAUGUUUGCUGAAGGUUGCUGGUAUAAUCCCAAAAAUAUACUGAUACAUCCAGUUAUGUUAUCAUUAACUGAUCUUUAAAAUGAAAGAAAAUUCCACCAAAUGGAUCCUCUGGAGUGAAAGGGUGACGUCAGAUUGAGAGUACAAACAGCAAGAAACACAUCCAUCAUUAAUAUGUUUUGACUUAUAACUAAUGCUAGUCCUAUAAUUUCAUUUUCACCAGUGAAAUGUCUUCUCUUCCGAAUCAGGAGAGAAAUAUGCUCAGAUCAAGCUCCAUUUACAGGUCAAAACAGUCUGAAACAAUUCUAAAGAAUGGGUGGAUUUUGAUGUAAGAGGACAACAGGAGAUGUUUUUCACUGGAGGAGGCAUUUGUGGAUUAUGCAAUUGUGAAUUAUGGCCAGCAACACCAGCAUAAAUGAUGGGUUCGUUUCUGAAAAUCACAGUUUUUCACAUCAAAAGAUGUUAAUUGAUAGACUGGAGUCGUGUUGUUUGGACUAUCAUUCUGACGGCACCCAUACACUGCAGAGGAUCCAUUGGUGAGCAAGUGAUGUGAUGCUAAAUCCCUCCAAAACUGUUCUGUUGAAGAAACAAACCCCCAUCUCAGAUUGGUAAAUUUUAAGCAAAUGUUCAUUUUUGAGUGAACUCACCGGCGGCGCCAGGGGGGGUCUUGGGGGGUCUCAAGACCCUGCCAAAAAAUGCCUUGACCCCCCAUUUGACCCCCCAGCCUCUUCCUGAUUAAUAUAUAUAUAUAUAUAUUCGGGAUAAAGAUCCAAAAAUGUUUCUCUUCAAACUACGCAGAACAAUAAUAAAUAAUAAUUAUUUCGACAUUUAUUCAUACACUGAACCGAGAACCGUUUCUGUCGGACGCGUCCGAUUCGAGAACCGAUGAGCUGAUGAUAACUGCGCAUGUGUGAUUCAGUGUGAAGCAGACUGACACAGAGCGCAUCUGAACCGAACUGAUUCUUUUGGUAAAUGAUUCUGAACUGAUUCUUUGCUAAUGUUAUAAGCGCGGGUAAACCAAAGGCUUGAAUAAAGGGCAGUCAUCGCCAAUGACGGCAUUACAUCGAGCGCAAAAGAACCGGUGAACCAUUUUUUUUCUCAACUGGUUUAUUUGAUCGAAUUGUCCGAAAGAACCGGUUCACUUGAGCACCUGCUCCUUUGCCCCUUAAGUGCCCUUUUGUCAAAAGCAAAAUUUCCUCGCAUUUUUUUUGUAAUAACAUAAACUUUUGUGAAUGCCUGCCCAUACCCAAUCAUAAUAUUAGUACAAUUUAUUAAUAAUAAUUUAGCCGUAAAUAAGAUGACCAACAUGAUGACUGUGACCUCAUCCAACCGGGAAGAUUCCUCAUGCUGCACGCGCAUUUUUUAAUUGCUAGAGGAUAUUUCAACAUCGUGGCAGCUGGUAAGUGGUGUUUCAUUCUCAGCGAAGUGAUUUUGGUGUUUAUUUACUUAUUAUUAUUUGACAAGAACGAUGUGGUGUGAGAGAACAUGCAGAUAUGUUGUUUAUAUUGCUGUGUGUAGCCUGUAGUGUAGAAGUAACACUAGAGUGCUGUUUGAGGGAGAAAAGUUUCACAGGCAUCGAGGGGUCUGGUCUUUUUUAUGUUAUUUGAAUAAACUUUUAUUAUAUUACAGUACUUAUUUAUUUUUAACAUGUAAAAAUAAUUAUCACAACACUGGUAAGGCUUAUUCAGAUUUUCUCAUUCUCUGAAUUAUCAUUAUAAAAAUAAAAACAAUUCAGAAAUGAAUUAAAAUAUAAUUAUAAUUUAAAUGUGAUGCAAAUAUUUUUUCUACAAUAGCAACAGUGUUUACAACAGCAAGACCACUUUAGCCUGUAAACUCAAUAAUAUCUAUCUGGAAAUAAAUGUAAAAAUAUCAAUGUCAAUAAUAAUGCAUAAUAUACCUGACAUGAAAGUGAAGUGUGAAGGAUAUGAAUAACAAAUGUAGCCUGUCAUUUGUUUACAUUGCAAAGGUGUUUUUGUUGUUGAAUAGCAGUAAUAAGCAGUUAUUAGCCAUGUCCAAUGUAUUUUUUGUUGGUUUUCAUGAGACCCCCCUUGAAAAGACCAGGACCCCCCAUUGCCCCCCCAAUCAAAAUUGUCUGGAGCCGCCACUGAGUGAACUAUUGAUUUAAAUAUAGGCUGUAAACAUAAUUUCCUCAGAGGGCCUCAGAACCAUGAAACAACAUACAGAACUGCCAAAUUUAUGAUUGCAACAUAUAAUAACUGCUGUUAAUAGUGUUCAUCGUCUGUUUGAUUGCAUCUUUAAUUGAUUUUUCUGUACAUUUCUGCCAUAUGUAUAUUAACUGACAGUCAACACUGAUAAGCUACUAAUAAAUAGUAAAUUAAUUGUAAAGUUGCUUUGCAAUGAUUUGUAUUGUGAAAAUCGCUAUACAAAUAAACAUGAAUGAAUGAAUAAUUACCCUAAACAAAAUAUUUAGCAACACAAAUGGUAGAUCUCAUAGUCCGUUGUUUCUGUUGUAACCAUGUAAUGACCUCACAGAGGAAAUCCUGUGUAUUUUUGGAAAUUUUGUUUUUAAAUAAAGAUUUGGUGAAGA